GCAGGCGCGGCUGUGCGGCAGCGGAAGUCCUUUGUUGCAGCACAGUCCCUGGCAGAGCCAGAGCCUUUCCGCGCAGCCCAGCCCGAGCGCCGCACGCCGCCGCCACUGCAGCUUACGGCCCUUUCGCCUCCGCCCGCCUUUCCCGCGGCUGAUUUGCCUUAAACUCCUUAAAAUCUCCCCAGCCCAGGUUCCUGCUGCGGCCGGUCUCUCAUUAAUAGAAGAUGGCAAAGCCCAGCCACAGCAGCUACGUCCUUCAGCAGCUAAACAACCAAAGGGAAUGGGGUUUUCUCUGUGACUGUUGUAUUGCAAUUGAUGACAUUUACUUUCAAGCACACAAAGCAGUUCUAGCUGCCUGUAGCUCCUAUUUUAGAAUGUUUUUCAUGAACCAUCAGCAUAGUACUGCACAACUGAAUCUCAGCAACAUGAAAAUUAGUGCCGAGUGUUUUGAUCUCAUUUUGCAAUUUAUGUAUUUAGGAAAAAUUAUGACAGCUCCCUCCAGUUUUGAACAGUUUAAAGUGGCAAUGAACUACCUACAGCUGUACAAUGUUCCUGACUGCUUAGAAGACAUACAGGAUGCAGAUUGUUCUAGUUCAAAAUGUUCAUCUUCUGCUUCCAGCAAACAGAACAGCAAAAUGAUAUUUGGGGUAAGAAUGUAUGAAGACACUGUGGCUAGAAAUGGCAAUGAGGCCAACAGGUGGUGUGCAGAGCCAAGUUCAACAGUAAAUACACCACACAAUAGAGAGCCUGAUGAAGAGUCUUUACAAUUAGGUAAUUUUCCUGAACCACUAUUUGAUGUAUGUAAAAAAAGUUCUGUGUCCAAAUUAUCUACUUCAAAAGAACGUGUGUCACGACGCUUUGGACGGAGUUUUACCUGUGAUAGCUGUGGAUUUGGCUUUAGCUGUGAAAAAUUAUUAGAUGAGCAUGUGCUAACCUGUACGAACAGACAUUCAUACCAAAACACAAGAUCUUACCACAGAAUAGUAGAUAUUAGAGAUGGAAAAGAUAGUAACAUCAAAGCUGAAUUUGGUGAAAAGGAUUCUUCCAAAACAUUUUCUGCACAGACGGACAAAUACAGAGGAGACACGAGCCAGGCUGCUGAUGAUUCAGCCUCAACCACUGGAAGCAGAAAAAGUAGCACAGUGGAGUCUGAAAUAGCCAGUGAAGAAAAAAGCAGAGCUGCUGAGAGGAAAAGAAUCAUUAUCAAGAUGGAGCCAGAAGACAUUCCUACAGAUGAACUGAAAGACUUUAACAUUAUUAAAGUUACUGAUAAAGACUGUAAUGAAUCCACUGACAAUGAUGAAUUAGAAGAUGAACCUGAAGAGCCAUUUUAUAGAUAUUACGUUGAAGAAGAUGUUGGCAUUAAAAAAAGUGGUAGGAAAACUCUAAAACCUCGGAUGUCAAUAAAUGCUGAUGAAAGAGGUGGUUUAGAAAACAUGAGGCCUGCUAACAACAGCAGUCCAGUACAAGAGGAUACUGAAAAUGCUUCUUGUGAGCUGUGUGGACUCACAAUAACGGAGGAGGAUCUGUCAUCUCAUUACUUAGCCAAACACAUUGAAAAUAUCUGUGCAUGUGGGAAAUGUGGACAAAUACUUGUCAAGGGUAGACAACUUCAGGAACAUGCUCAAAGAUGUGGAGAACCCCAAGAUCUGACAAUGAAUGGGUUAGGAAGUACUGAAGAGAAAAUGGACAUGGAAGAGAAUACUGAUGAGCAGUCUGAAAUAAGAGAUAUGUUUGUUGAAAUGUUGGAUGAUUUUAGGGACAAUCAUUACCAAAUAAACAGUAUCCAAAAAAAGCAGUUAUUUAAACAUUCUGCCUGUCCUUUUCGAUGUCCUAAUUGUGGCCAGCGUUUUGAAACUGAAAAUCUAGUAGUUGAACAUAUGUCUAGCUGCCUAGAUCAAGAUAUGUUUAAGAAUGCCAUUAUGGAAGAAAAUGAAAGAGAUCACAGACGAAAACAUUUCUGUAACCUAUGUGGAAAAGGCUUUUAUCAGCGGUGUCACUUAAGAGAACAUUAUACUGUUCAUACUAAGGAGAAACAGUUUGUCUGUCAGACAUGUGGAAAGCAGUUUUUAAGAGAACGUCAGUUGCGACUGCACAAUGAUAUGCACAAAGGCAUGGCCAGUGGUGAAAUAGGGCCUUCUAAACUUCUGGAGAAGUGAAAGAUCUGAAUUUGGAGAGGACAUGGGGAAGAAUCAAUCUUCAGCAGAUAAUCUUUAAGUGCAGACCCAGGAAUAUCAGAUCUGAAGUGGCACCAUCUUUUCUGUCUUCCUGACAAACUUCAUCAACCCCAAAAGUUCCAGUUGAAAAGAUCCAAGAAAACUCAGUAAAGAUCACUUUGGAAUCACUUUGUUGUAACAAAAUUGAUUCAUAGUGACUCUCCUAGUAUUUGUGGAAAAUCUGCUAAAGAAAAGUAACUAGAAAAUUCAUAUGACAUCAGUGGUUAAAGCUACACUAAAAUGAAACUUCACAUGCUAAUUAUCUCCAAUAGUCCUUUCUAAAAUAAAAGGGCUUGCUAGGCUACUGUAAAUACAUUACAAAGAGAGAUAAUCACAUACCUGUAUAAACACAUAUAUAAUUCUAAACUUAAAAUAACCAGAAUUAUAGCUUACAGAUUAUGAAAUGUAGUUAGGCAAUUUAAAAAGUUACACCCAAAAAUCUGUAGAGUAGAAGUAAAAAGAAGUGGGUACACAAAAAAAUCUUCAAGAUCAACGUUUUAACAAAAUAAUCUAGUUAUUACUCACUGUAAAAUAACACUUGCCCUU